CGGAAGGCGGGGCCACAGGGGGCGGACUUCCGGGCUGGCCUUGGUCCAGAGAGAAGGAGGAGGAGAAAGAGGAGAAGGAGCCGGAAGCCGCGCGUGAGGUAAAGCCAGGCAGCCAAAGCAGGCCUGGGCCAACUCGGGCCUUCCAGUUCCUGGAAGUGACUGAUGUAUGAAAUGGCAGAGAAUGGAACAGACUGUGACCAGAGGCGCAUAAGAAUGGGCAAAGAACAGCACAAUGGAAACUUUACAGAACCCUCUUCGCUGGACGAACAGAAGCGGAAAGAUCGAGAAGAACGCCAGGGCAUCGUCCUCUGGAGGAGACCCCUUGUUACCUUGCAGUAUUUUUUCCUGGAAACGUUAAUAAGCUUGAAAGAAUGGACCAUAAAAUUGUGGCAUCGCCGAAGUAUCGUGGUGUCUCUCUUGCUGCUGCUUUCAGUGCUUACGUCUGUGUAUUAUAUUGAGGGAGCACAUCAACAGUAUGUGUUCUAUAUGGAGAAGAAGUUCUUUUGGUGUGCCUACUGGGUAGGCUUGGGCAUUCUCUCUUCCGUCGGACUUGGGACCGGUCUUCAUACGUUUCUGCUCUACUUGGGUCCACACAUAGCAUCCGUGACACUUGCUGCGUACGAAUGUAAUUCUGUGGAUUUCCCCGAACCUCCGUAUCCUGACCAAAUUAUCUGCCCCGAUGAAGAGGGAGUCGAGGGAUCCAUUUCCUUGUGGACCAUCAUCUCGAAAGUCAGGCUGGAGGCCUGCAUGUGGGGUGCUGGGACAGCGAUUGGGGAGCUGCCGCCAUACUUCAUGGCCAGAGCUGCUCGUCUUUCUGGAGAGGAGCCUGAUGACGAGGAAUACCAAGAAUUCGAGGAGAUGCUGGAACACGCCCAGGCAGCACAGGAUUUUGCCUCUCGCGCCAAACUGGCCGUCCAGAACCUUGUGCAAAAAGUCGGGUUUUUCGGCAUCUUGGCCUGCGCUUCCAUUCCCAACCCUCUCUUCGACUUGGCCGGGAUCACAUGCGGACACUUCCUCGUCCCGUUUUGGACCUUCUUCGGUGCCACUUUGAUCGGGAAAGCAAUAAUCAAGAUGCACAUCCAGAAACUUUUUGUGAUUAUUACAUUCAGCAAACACAUAGUGGAACAGAUGGUCUCCUUAAUUGGCGCCAUCCCGACGGUCGGACCCUCCCUCCAGAAGCCCUUCCAAGAGUACCUGGAAGCCCAGCGGAUGAAACUCCACCAUCGGACGGAAGGRGCGCCCCAGGGUGAAAACUGGCUGUCCUGGACUUUUGAAAAGUUGGUGAUUGUCAUGGUGUGUUAUUUCAUCCUGUCCAUCAUCAACUCCAUGGCUCAGAGUUACGCCAAGCGCCUCCAACAGACCUCGUCUUGGGAGGAGAAAACCAAAUGAGACCCCCGCGGAGGGGAGCGGAAGGGGGAGCGGAGUCGGGACGUCCCACUUGGCAUUCAAAACAAAACACAACACGGCAUUAUUUGGGGAAAAAAAUAGUGGGGAGGGGGAGGAAGGGAGGGAGGGCGGUGUGGUCUUUCCCGUUGGAUUACUACGGUUAAUUUUUUGAAAUAGCCAUUAUUCGUAAACGAUUCUCAUUGACUGCCGUUUGUACGUUCCAAGGUAAUGUCCAUGCUCUUGGUCUAAACUCCAUCCAGGGUGAACACAACAGGGGUGUCAAGCUUCUGGUUUAACAUCGGUGCUUUCCAUUCAAGGUCCUUCCAUGUAUAUAUAAUACACACACACACAUAUACGAGGAUUGAAUGCCUUCGUAACUCCUCAAGAGAUGGCAGUACUGGUAGGAAGCAGGUACUGGCUUGUUCAGUAGACUCUCCUCUACCAUUCCAUUUUGGUGGGAAGCCUUAGCAUUGAAUGGUUAUGUUGUUAAAGUGAAAAGUAAUCCCUCCACCUUUAUAACUCCUUAACAGAUGGCAGUACUGGUAUGCAGCAGGUACUGGCUUGCUCAGUUGACUCUCCUCUACAGUUCCAUCUUGACGGGAAGUCUUAGCAUUGAAUGGUUAUGUUGUUAAAGAGAAAAGUAAUCCCUCCACCUUCGUAACGCCUCAACAGAGGGCAGUACUGGUAUGUGGCAGGUACUGGCUUGUUCAGUACACUCUCCUCUACAGUUCCAUUUUGGUGGGAAGCCUUAGCAUUGAAUGGUUAUGUUGUUAAAGUGAAAAGUAAUCCCUCCACCUUCGUAACUCCUCAAGAGAUGGCAGUACUGGUAGGAAGCAGGUACUGGCUUGUUCAGUAGACUCUCCUCUACCGUUCCAUUUUGGUGGGAAGCCUUAGCAUUGAAUGGUUAUGUUGUUAAAGUGAAAAGUAAUCCCUCCACUUUCGUAACUCCUCAACAGAUGGCAGUACUGGUAGGAAGCAGGUACUGGCUUGUUCAGUAGACUCUCCCUACAGUUCCAUUUUGGCGGGAAGCCUUAGCAUUGAAUGGUUAUGUUGUUAAAGAGAAAAGUAAUCCCUCCACCUUCGUAACGCCUCAACAGAGGGCAGUACUGGUAUGUGGCAGGUACUGGCUUGUUCAGUAGACUCUCCUCUACAGUUCCGAUUUGGUGGGAAGCCUUAGCAUCGAACGGUUGUGUUGUUAAAGGGCAAAGUAUGGAACCCUGCAUAGAUGGUCGGUCAAUGCGACUUAAGCAACGUGCAGUCAUUGAAUUCUAUGCUGCAGGUACUGGCUUGUUCAGUAGCCUUUCCUCUGUAGUUCCAUUUUGGCAAAAAGCCUUAGCAUCAAACGGUUGUGUUGUUAAAGGGUGAAGUAUGGAACCCCGCGCAGAUGGUCGUUCAAUGCGACUUAAGCAACGUGCAGUCAUUUAAUUCUAUGCGGCAGGUACUGGCUUGCUCAGUAGACUCUCCUCUACAGUUCCAUUUUGGCAAAAAGCCUUAGCAUUGAAUGGUUGUGUUGUUAAAGUGCAAAUUAUGGAACCCUGCACAGAUAGUCGGUCAACGUGCAGUCACUGAAUUCUUGACAGCAGAAAGUGAUUCAUCAGAGAAUGCAAGCUGUUUGUGGUGACUGUGUUGAUGUGAGUACUGUACGUCGUUGGGUGAGUAAGUUUAAAGAUGUUGAGGUGACACCUUCUGCUGUCAAGAAUUCAAUAACUGCACGUUGCUUAAGUCGCAUUGACCGACCGUCUGCGCAGGGUUCCAUACUUCGCACUUUAACAACACAACCGUUCAAUGCUAAGGCUUCCUGCCAAAAUGGAACUGUAGAGGAGAGUCUACUGAACAAGCCAGUACCUGCUGCAUACCAGUACUGCCAUCUGUUGAGGAGUUACGAAGGUGGAGGCAUUACUUUUCACUUUAACAACACAACCGUUCAAUGUUAAGGCUUCCUCAAAAUGGAACUGUAGAGGAGAGUCUACUGAACAAGCCAGUACCUGCCGCAUACCAGUACUGCCAUCUGUUGAGGAAUUACGAAGGUGGAGACAUUACUUUUCAUUCAACCCGUGUGUGUGUGUGUGUGUGUGUGUGUGUGUGUGUGUGUGUGUGUGUAUCCAGUUAGAACAGCUUCCAAGUUUACUUCGUAAACAUACGAGCCUGGUUGCCACUGGUUUAAUAUUAAAGAAUGGCGUGGGCCGCUUUCUCUCCAUCUUAAGUCCAGCCAGGAGAGAGACGCAUGGCUCCCAUGUUGACAUCUGAAUACUUGAAAAUCCUCAAUUUCACCCAAAGGUGGAUAGGUACAUAGAUAUAGAUAUUUUCAUAAUGGUUGAAAGCAGAGAGACAAGGUGCGGUCUCAACUGCUCAUCCAUCUCGUUUUCGAUGUGUAUAUUUAGGACAAUGGUAAGGUGAUAAACACAUCUAUAUAGAGUAGAGUCUCGCUUAUCCGACCUUUGCUUAUCCGACAUUUUGUCUUAUCCGACGCUUCCCUUUUCCUCCAGCAUUUCCCCUUCAAUUGAAGGAACGCUCCCCAACUUUCUCUCCAAUCCCAAUAAGUGAAAAAGAGCAAUACAAGAAUCCCAAUAAGUGAAAAGGGAAAGACAAGGAGGGGGGAAGAAAGGGGGAAAAGAGGCAGGACCGGAAGCGGAAGCAUCCUCCUUCCUUCCCUCUGUGAUUUCCACGCUCGUCUUCCGCAUCCGGGCACUUCCUGCUGGGCCCAUCAGGUCCCGGGGCAUUGCCUUGCCUUAACUCUUUAACUCUUUGAUUCUAGGUGUCGGACAGGUAACAGUAGGAGUAGGACAUUUUUUUUGAUCCGAUUUUCUGUCGACCCAUUUAUGUCGGAUAAGUGAGACUCUACUGUAUAUAUCCAUUCAUAUAUAUAUAUAUAUAUAUAUAUAUAUAUAUAUAUAUUACCUUGGAUCAUUCCACAUCUUCUCGCUCGGGUUUUUUCCAGCAGUUCCCACUCCUCUCCUCAUCUCCACCCUUCCGUCUUCUCCUUAUUUCCAUUUCUUCUUACUGUUUUCCCUCCUUUGCCAUGUUUUCCCCCCUCUGUUGUGAUUGAAUGCUUCGCUGUCAUCCUUCGGGAGGGUUUUCUCCUUGGAUUUUUGCCGGAAACGACAUGUGUCCCCCCCCCUCCCGAAGGAGACGGAAAGCUGGGGCCUGGAAAUCGUUUGGGUUAGUGUUAUUUAUUUAACUGACAAGUCACUCUGAUCUGUGGGACGCCGUUUUUUUGCGGGAGGGAGGGAGGGGUCGAGGGAGGGAGGGGCUCUCGUGUUUUUUAACCCUUAACUCUUGCGAUGUCGGAGCGCAUCGUUGGGAAAUGCACAAGGAGAUGUUUUGUAAGCCGCAGGAAAGGUAACUGGAAUAAACGACGUUCAAAUAGA